AUGUACAAUGCAAAACGUUUAAACGCAUUAGCAAAACCGAAACAAUUGCCCGAUCUAAGAUACAUGCAAUAUACACAGUCUGUAUCGAAAUCGGCGGUGCAGUAUACUCUACCCAAAACAAGUCGUAUUUGGGAUUUGUCUAAACCAAAAAACAGACAGCUCAACCCAAGACAGCAUAAAGUUCUUAAAACAAUAUUUAAUGAAGACCGUAACCCGAACAAAUAUGAGGGUAUAAGGUACAGAAUUAUAGAGUUAGCUCAACCAAAACUAGAAAAUAGACACGUGCACAACACGUGUGUAGAAAUACCACCUGAAAAAUCUUACCGAAGACCAUUUGAGAAGCAAACAGCUUGGCUCAAAAAAAAUUCUGCUCCUAGAAAGAUGUACCGACCGCCGAUAACAAAAAAAAAUUAUACGAAACUAUCUGAAGCUGAAAUCGAACGAUUUUUUGAACGCUUGGCAAUGGUACCGGAAUCAAAACGAAAAAAAACAAUAACAAAAGAACAUAAACCCAAGAUUAAUACAUUACCGGAUUCAAUGCUAACUUCGGUAAAUCAUUUAUCUGUACCGCGGAAAUUGGCAUCUGAAAUGAGGUUGAAUUUUGAAUUUGACCCAUACAUUAUUCCACCGGAGGUACUAAAUCAUAAAGCAUCAAAACGGACACAAGAAUUAGCGGAACCAAAAGUAUAUGAAACGUCAAAUCUGAAGGAUGCCGUAAGGGAAAAUCCUUUUGAAAUUUCAAGGAGUGCGUUGAAAUACAAGGCUACCCCACUUAUCAAAAAGUUGGCAAUGCCAAAGCAAUAUGAUUAA